AUGGGUUCUCUGAAAGCAGCCCAGAAACUGUUCGAUGAAAUUCCGGAACGUAAUGCAGUUCUCUGGGGUACCAUGAUGAGAGUCUAUCUGAAGUUCUCGGAACCAAUCAAAGUUUUUGAGCUGCUUUUUGAGAUGAGAACCUUUGGUCUUGAAUUGGAUGCAUUUACAUCUGAAUGUGCGAUUCGGGCUUGCGGAAAUAUUUCUGCUGAUAGAGAAGGGAAAUCCGUUCAUGGAUUCUGUACAAGGCAGAACUUUAUUGAUUCCAACAUUUAUUUACAAACAUCCUUGAUAGAGAUGUAUUUGAAAUGUGGUUUACUUGAUUUUGGGCUAAGAUUAUUUGAAGGGGCGAAAAUUAAGGAUGUUGUUCUAUGGACUGCAACGAUUGCUGGCUUUGCAAAAAAUGGCAGAGCUUGGGAAGCUGCUGCAUUGUUCAGACAGAUGCUGGAACAAUCAAUAUCUCCAAAUCCAAUCACAUUGUCUAGCGUACUUCUUGCAUGUACGCACAUUGGUUCUCUACAACGAGGAAAGAGUCUUCAUGGGUAUAUGAUAAGAAAAGAAGUUGAAAUGGAUGUAGUGAGCUAUACCUCUCUCAUUGACAUGUAUGCUAAGUGUGGUUUGAUUUCAGAAGCUUAUACAGUUUUCAGGAAGAUGCCAACCAAAAACACCUUUACUUGGAGUGCAAUGAUCAGUGGUUUUGGAAUAAAUGGUCUUUUUGAUGAAGCUAUUGAAGUUUUUAACCAAAUGAGAUCUGAAAACCAAAUACCCAAUUCGAUAACAUUUGUUUCAGUUCUAUCAGCUUGUAGUCAUUCUGGAAGGGUGGAGGAAGGGUGGAAUUAUUUGAAACUAAUGAGUAUGGAUUAUGGAAUUACUGCAGUGGAAGAACAUAUUGCUUGCAUGGUUGAUUUGUUGGGUAGGGCAGGGAAGAUAGACGAAGCUUUAUCCUUCAUAAGAGACAUGCCUAUGAAGCCAGGAGCUAGUGCAUGGGGUGCCCUGUUGAGUGCUUGUAGACUUCAUAGGAGGGUUGAAAUAGUAGAAGAAGCAGCCAAGAAGCUUCUUCCUCUGGAGCCUGAUAAGACUGCUGUGUAUGUUUUGCUCUCUAACGUUUAUGGUGAUGCUGGAAUGUGGGAAAAUGUGAACAAGAUCAGAUUAAAAGUGGGUGAGAAUGGAUUUUACAAGACUGCAGGUUUCUCCUCAAUUGAAGUGGAUAAGAAGAUACGUUUCUUUUUCUCUGAGACUAGACUUGCUCGUGGAUACACCCAAGUUGAGGGCGUCUGCAUUUCUCUUCAAGAGAUAAUGAAAAGACUCAUUAGUUAUGUGCCUGAUAACGGCUCUGUUCACUAUGAUGUGGGAGGUUGA